AUGAGUGGAGACACAUUCACUUUACAAAGAAUCGAACACGAUACGUAUUCGCCUUUUCAUGAUGAUGAUUCAUCGAUAGGAGUAAAUAACGAUCCAAUACAGACGACAUCGGAUCAACAACAGCAGGGAGCAGCAAGUGCACCGAAACACCCAGUAGCAUUAUUCUUUCAUUUCUUCUUUAAAGUAUCAGCAAUAGUAAUCUAUCUACUUGCUUCGUUGGUCGGACUUAGCUUUGUUAUUGCUUUUAUCGUUAUUACAUUGUGUGCUGCAUUUGACUUUUGGACUGUAAAGAAUGUAUCCGGUCGUCUAUUGGUAGGAUUACGUUGGUGGAAUGAAAUCAAAGAGGAUGGAACUGAUCGUUGGAUUUUCGAAUCGUUAGAGAAUAAGAGUCAAAUCAAUCAACAUGAAUCAUUUUUGUUUUGGGUCGGUGUCAUUGGAGCACCAUUAGUUUGGAUAUUGCUUACAAUUUUCAGUAUAAUUUCACUUCUUAGCUUGAGCUUUGGUUGGUUGGUUGUAGAUGUUGUUUGUCUUGCACUGACCGGUGUAAAUGUUAUUGGUUAUAUAAAAUGUGCUAAAGAUGCAAGAAAGAAGGUUAAAGGAAUGGCACAAUCAUACAUAGUUGGUUCAAUUGUUAAUCAAGCAAUUAGCAGAGUUUAA